AUGCCAACCAUCGCAGCUACCAACCUGACCCUGGCCUCAGCGGCCCCCGCUGCUCCUGCAGCUCCCCCGGCUGCUCCUCCAGCUCCCCCAUUUCCGCCAGCUCCCCCAGCCCCCAGGAAGUGGAAAUGGCAAUGCCACAGAUGCGGCCGCUUCUGGCCUCUGUCCUCCGGCCGCCGCUGCCUCAGCACCAGGUGCGGCCAUGAAAGGUGCACCCGGCUCGAGGCCAAGCUGAAGGUCAGGAGCUGCGGCACCCAAUUCGACACCGCCGGAUGGCGAGCCCACGCUCGGUGGCGCGAGCAAGUCGACGAGCAGAGGGCCGCCCGCGGCGAGAAUGUCUUCCCCGGCCCGCCCCAGGGCGAUCCGAACGCGGAGGACCUGGCCGAAAUCAUCGCCAGCUCGCCGCGCUGGGCUGCCAAGAUGAUAGGCGGCACCUACAGCUGCGACCACGACUGCGCGCGUGUGGGCGACUGCCACUCCAAGGCAGACGAGGUCAGGAUUUUCCUGGCACGCGUCCAAGGGAACAACUUCGUCACCGAUCGCCGCUUGACCAAGCUCUUUGCCAGUUACGCUCGCAAGCCGCUUCCCGAGAACCCGCCGAGGAUUCGGAAGUCGUUUUCCCUGAUGGAGAAGCAAAUCAUAGGCUACCACGAGCACAAGCCGUCGCGCCUCAACCCGGCCUGGAAGCCUGCAGAUUACCACCUCUAG